CACUCCAUUCUCUUCAAAUUUCAUCGUUCAUUCAUUCCCACCUAACACCCCUUCUUUUCUCUUAUAUUACUCCAAUCACAAACCCUCUUAACAUACCUCCUAAAUUCUUUAAUUUCACUACCAACUCAUUUCACUUACUUGCAAGUUGCAACAACAACAAAACAUUAAGAUCAUACCACCAUGAUAACCGUUGCUCCUUCAGAACUUGCUCCUCCUCCAUCAACUGAACAGAAAAACAAUGUCUGUGAUUCCAAAACUACCCAUAUUUUUAAAUCUAAAUUACCAGAUAUACCCAUCUCCAACCACCUACCUCUCCACGCUUACUGCUUUGAGAAACUCUCUGAAUUCGCCGACCGCCCCUGCCUCAUCGUCGGCGCCGCCGGCAAAAUCUACACCUACGCCGAGACUCACCUCCUCUGCCGCAAAAUCGCCGCCGGAUUCUCCGCCCUCGGAAUCCGCAAAGGCGACGUCGUCAUGAUCCUCCUCCAGAACUCCGCCGAGUUCGUCUUCUCCUUCCUCGCCGCCUCCAUGAUCGGCGCCGUCGCCACCACCGCCAACCCGUUCUACACCGCCGCCGAGAUCUUCAAGCAGAUUUCCGUCUCCAAGGCGAAACUCAUCGUCACGCAGGCAAUGUACGUCGACAAGCUCCGCCACCACGAGGACGCCGCGAAGCUCGGCGAGGACUUCAAGGUCGUGACGGUCGACGAGCCGCCGGAGAAUUGCCUCCACUUCUCGGUGCUCUCGGAGGCGAACGAGAACGAGCUCCCGGAGACAGAGAUCCAACCGGACGACGCGGUGGCGCUGCCGUUCUCCUCCGGCACGACCGGUUUGCCUAAGGGAGUGGUCCUGACGCACAAGAGUUUAACAACGAGCGUGGCGCAGCAAGUCGACGGAGAAAACCCUAACCUCUUCCUCGGCACCGAGGACGUGCUCCUCUGCGUGCUUCCGCUCUUUCACAUCUUCUCUCUUAACAGCGUCUUGCUGUGCGCGCUCAGAGCUGGCAGCGCGGUUCUGCUUAUGCAGAAGUUCGAGAUCGCGACGCUGCUGGAGCUGAUUCAGCGGCACCGCGUGACGGUGGCGAUGGUGGUGCCGCCGCUGGUGCUGGCGCUGGCGAAGAAUCCGAUGGUGGCGGAGUUUGACCUGAGCUCCAUACGGUUGGUGCUGUCGGGGGCUGCGCCCUUGGGCAAGGAACUCGAAGAGGCUCUCCGCAACAGAGUGCCUCAGGCUGUUUUGGGACAGGGUUACGGGAUGACAGAAGCAGGACCGGUGCUGUCCAUGUGCUUGGGAUUUGCAAAGCAGCCAUUCCCAACAAAGUCAGGCUCUUGCGGCACUGUAGUUAGGAAUGCAGAGCUCAAGGUUGUUGAACCUGAAACUGGUCUUUCUCUUGGCUACAAUCAACCCGGUGAAAUUUGCAUCCGAGGACAACAGAUAAUGAAAGGAUAUCUGAACGAUGAUAAAGCGACAGCAUUGACCAUCGAUUCAGAGGGUUGGCUUCACACCGGUGAUGUUGGCUAUGUCGAUGAUGAUGAUGAGAUUUUCAUUGUUGACAGGGUCAAAGAACUCAUCAAAUAUAAAGGCUUCCAGGUUCCUCCAGCAGAACUUGAAGGGCUUCUUAUAAGCCAUCCCUCCAUCGCAGACGCAGCUGUUGUCCCACAAAAGGAUGUUGCUGCUGGUGAAGUUCCUGUUGCUUUCGUUGUGAGAUCAAACGGCUUUGAUCUAACCGAAGAGGCUGUAAAAGAGUUUAUAGCUAAACAGGUAGUGUUUUACAAAAGAUUGCACAAAGUUUAUUUUAUUCAUGCUAUUCCCAAGUCUCCAUCAGGAAAGAUACUGAGGAAAGACUUGAGAGCAAAGCUAGAAAACGCAGCCACCCCGACGCCUUAAUGGCUAGAACCUGUCCUUUUUUUGCAUAGCAAUAUCUUCCUUAUUUUUUAUUAAUAUUAUUGGUUCACACGUGCAAUUUAUGUAUCCAUGCUUCACGGCAUAAUGUCAAUCCAAGAAGCAGUUCCACUCAUACAUAAUCAUUGUAAUUUUUAUGAUCAUUGCCCCAUCGAGCUUCUAUGUCUGUAUUGUGAUUUUAGAUCACUAUUUUUCCUGACCUUAUUUUAUUGGUGUGAUCAAAUCCUUUAUUAUUCCCUCACUUCUUCUGAUGUCUGGUUAACCAUUAGUCUCAAUACUUUUUAACAAAAA